AAAGCUUAUCCCAUGAAAACAAUGUAUGUUUAAUCUUUCUGCCUCUUCAUUAUAACCAUUCUUGUUCCCCUGGCCCAUGACCCGAGGCCUGCAAUUUCUCUACGUCUCUACACAAGACAUUCACCCACUCCUUUUUCCAUAUGCCCUACGAAUCCCUAAGCGCCUCAACUACAAUAGCAGCAACAAAGCCGUUGUUAGCAGCCCCUUCCGCGAGGAACUUGAAGCCUGAGGUGAGGAACGGGGGCCAAGGACGAGCACGGUGGACGAGAAACGGGGAACAAGAGAUGAGGAAGACGCAUUGAUCUUCUCUCAACUCCAUCCUAAACUCUUUGUCUCGCCGCGCUUCUCGCAACCUCUACACUCAAAAUGCGUCUUCGCCUCCUCAAGGUGCCAGUUCUACCAAAACUAAUCAAGAGAGUAGCCUCGACUUUAUCGCAUCGUCGCGCCCGAAGGAAGUCGACUCAACCCACCCCUAAUCGCAAAGCACAUAACACAUCGGUAUCGCCGACGGUCGAUCGUAACUGUCCGAUCGUGAAUAUGGCGGACGGAGAGCCCGACUACAGCUCUCUUCCAUUAACAGAUAGAUGGGUACACAAGGUUUGGAAAGUUCGUAAGCAGGCAUACGAAGAGGCAGCAAAGCAAUUUGAAAUCACUCCAGACGAAUACGAUCCAGCUUUUCGACCAUUCAACCAAGAUCCGAGUUUGUGGAAGGGUGCGGUCGCAGAUUCAAACGUUGCCGCUCAGUCCGACGGUAUUGCAGCAUUCUGCGCGUUCCUCAAGUUCGGUGGUAAGGAAUGUUGCGUUCGUUCACGUGGUCAUGUUGUCACUCCCAUCGUCGAGAAGGGCCUUGUGUCCACGAGGCCUGCCACCAAAGCUUCCUCGGUCGAGGCUCUACUGCUUCUUAUCGAGCUCGAUGCCGCCGGUCCCAUUGUCGAGGAUAUCCUCCCAGCUGUAUCUGCGAAGCAACCCAAAGUCAUCGCAGCUGCUUUAGCAGCCCUCACGACCAUCUUCCACAGCUACGGCUGCAAGAUAGCCGACCCAAAGCCGGUCCUUAAGGUCCUCCCCAAAGCAUUUGGACACGCGGACAAGAAUGUGCGAGCCGAAGCAACCAAUCUAGCUGUUGAAUUCUACCGAUGGCUGAGGGAUGCGAUGAAGCCUAUGUUCUGGGGUGAUUUAAAGCCCACACAGCAGUCUGAUCUAGAAACCCAGUUUGAAAAAAUUAAAACAGAGCCGUCGCCAAAACAGGAACGCCUUUUACGAACUCAACAGGCAGCUUUGGCUCGUGCUCCGCCGCCCGGGGCUGAAGAGGAGGUGGACGACGACGACGGAAUUGAUGAGCCAGUCGAAGUUGAUGCAUUCGAUCUUGCGGAACCCCAAGACGUCAUAUCCAAAGUUCCGGCUAAUUUUCACGACAAUCUUGCAUCUUCGAAGUGGAAGGAUCGUAAAGAGGCUCUGGAGGCGCUCUUUGCUGUACUCAACGUACCAAGAAUCAAAGAUGGCGACUUCAACGAGAUCAACCGUGGCUUGGCGAAAUGCAUGAAAGACGCCAAUAUAGCCGUCGUCACCCAGGCGGCCCAAUGUAUCGAAGUACUCGCAAAGGGUCUUCGAAAAAGUUAUAGUAAAUACCGGUCAAUCGUUAUGACGCCAAUCAUGGAACGUUUAAAGGAGAAAAAGCAGACCGUUGCGGACGCACUAGGAGCUGCACUAGACCAAGUCUUUCUGGCGACAAGCUUGUCUGACUGUUUGGAGGAAAUCAUUUCCUUUCUUCCCCACAAGAAUCCUCAGGUAAAAGAAGGAAGCAUGAGGUUCCUUGUCCGCUGUCUUAGAACCACCCGGGAUCCCCCAAACAAGCAAGAAGUCGCCAGUAUUGUAGAAGCCGCGAAGAAGCUACUCGCGGAGGGUAGCGAAGGGUUGAGGUCCGGUGGUGCCGAGGUUCUAGGUACAGUUAUGAAGAUAAUUGGUGAACGUGCCAUGAACCCUCAUCUAGAAGGCCUAGACGAUAUACGAAAAACCAAAAUCAAGGAGUAUUUCGAGAAGGCUGAGGUUAAAGCCAAAGACAAACCGAAGCCAGCCCCAGCUCCGGUAGCACGGGGUCCGCCCGGUGGUCCAAAGAAGAUGGGUGGCGGUGCCAAAAAGACCGCCGGGACCGCCAAGAAAGCCGCGCCUGUCGCACAAGAGCCCGCCUCCCUUGCGCCACAACCGACAUCUCGAGCCGCACCGGGAAGUAAGCUUGGAAUGCCCAAGUCUUCUGGCUUAUCAGGGUUAAAAGCACCGCAAAGGCGCCUCGGUGCCCCUGGCAUCGCAUCCCCCCGUAGAGCGCCUGCCGCUGCCGCCCCUCUGCCUCUAGAGGAGGAGGAGGAGGAUGAGACCCCGGCAUCACCCCCACAGCCAAAACCUCGAGUCGGGCUAGGAAGAGGUGGUCUUGCAGCACGGUCGUUAGCAAAACCCACCGUGCCCGCCGUAACGCCUUUGGCGCCCUCACCACCGCCGUCAAGUGGGCUUACAGCCAUAGAGCGCGCUGAACUAGAGGAACUACGCGCGGCAAACGAACGGCUCACUAAGCAAGUAGAUGAGAUGCGACACGAACGAAGCAAGCUCAUGUCGGAAGUGCAAGAGCUCAAAAAUCACAACGCCGGGCUCAUCGAGGACCACACAAGAGAUGUGCUUAGCAUUAAGGCCAAAGAGACUCAAUUAGUACGAGCGAGGAGUGACGCAGAAGCAGCCGAGCAAGUAAAUGAAAGGCUCCGGCGGGAGCUUGAACGUCUCAAGCGUGCACUCAGUAGGGCAGAGGGGCUUGGCGUCUCUAGCGGCAUUGGAAGUCCGGGAAUGACGAGUCCUACUCCCGACGACAUGGGCAUCUACCGUGAUGGCGCAAACUACCCGGGAGCUAGGGCGAACAGAAUGAGCUUCGCUAGCACAUUUUCAGAAGAGAAAGAAAACGGCGAUGCACCACAUAACUAUCCUAGGAGCAAGUUAAGUCCAGAUUUAAGAUAUGGUAGUGGUUCAAGCGGAAGGGGAAGUCCUGCUCGCGGCUUUAGAAGCGCAGCAAUAGACGAAGGGAUUGGACACAAUACCGGGUCCGCCACAAGUUCGAUGGCCGCCGGAACCGGUAGUAAUGGAGCCGAAAAUUGGAAGAGGGCAGCAGAAGUCACAAGUCAACUCAAAGCAAGAAUAGAGCAGAUGAAGGCGAAGCAGGGGUUCAGCCGAUCGUGAAGUAGGACUUGUUCAAGUGUCUUAUCAUCAGGAAAUGGCGUUUGUUAGGAGACGAGUCCAAAAGAGGGAUCAGGGGUGCGUCAUCGGGUGCAUUUUCCUGGCGUCGGAUUACAUACCCCCGGCUAUUUUCGUUCGCUACUAAAGCGUUCAGAAAUAUCAUGAUAAUUAUGUUUAGACUCGAUUACCUCGUCAUUAAAAAUAAGGGUGCAUUUAUACGGAUUGAAAGGGGGGAGUCAUUCAGUCCUAUUAGAUUUUAAUACGGGAUGUGGUUUAACCAUCUUGCACCGUCUUAUUUCUCAAGUAGUUUGUGUGUCUACAAACGGUAUAGACAUGCUAUAGGGUUAUACCCGUGCUACUCACACGCAACAUGUACCUAGAAUUAAAGAUGAUGUUGUGGCUAUUAAGAUAUGCCUA